CGGUGUCCGGCGCCGGCGGCUGCGGGAGGAGCUUCGCGAGGACCGACUCGGGGCGGUCAGACGGCGACGGUCCUGGGAGGCGCCAGCGCGAGUCCGAGCUGCUCCCCGCCCGCCGCAGCUGCCAUCGCCGGCCCGUCGGCGCGCCCCGGCCUCCCGCGCUCGCGCCCUCCGCCCGCCGCGGCCUUCGAUGCGGGGCCGGGCCGCUGCGUGAUGGGACUGCGGAGCGGCGUCCUGCGGCUCGCGGCGGCCGCUGCUCACGCGGAGGAGCGUCGGUGCCGGGCCCCCCACACCCCCGCGCGCCGCGGCGCCUGCUGACCCGACCCGCCGGCCGGUGGUCCGCAGCGCGGCUGAGAUCGAUUGGGAAAAACAGCAAGAAAGACACGGAAACUUGAACGUAACUUAAAAAGAAGUUUUGAUUCUUUAUUUCUGGACUACGUAUAUAUAGCAAGACCAUCAGAAUGUCGGGAGCCUCAGUGAAGGUGGCUGUUCGCGUGCGGCCCUUCAAUUCUCGAGAGACCAGCAAAGAGUCCAAGUGCAUCAUUCAGAUGCAGGGCAACUCAACCAGUAUUAUUAACCCAAAAAACCCAAAGGAAGCUCCAAAGUCCUUCAGCUUCGACUAUUCCUACUGGUCUCACACUUCGCCCGAAGAUCCCUGUUUUGCAUCUCAAAACCGUGUGUACAAUGAUAUUGGAAAGGAAAUGCUCUUACAUGCCUUUGAGGGAUAUAAUGUCUGUAUUUUUGCCUAUGGGCAGACUGGUGCUGGGAAGUCUUAUACAAUGAUGGGUAAACAAGAAGAAAGCCAGGCUGGCAUCAUUCCACAGUUAUGUGAAGAACUAUUUGAGAAAAUCAAUGACAACUGUAAUGAAGAAAUGUCUUAUUCUGUAGAGGUGAGCUACAUGGAAAUUUACUGUGAAAGAGUACGAGAUUUGCUGAAUCCAAAAAACAAGGGUAAUUUGCGUGUGCGUGAACACCCCCUUCUUGGCCCCUAUGUGGAGGAUCUGUCAAAGUUGGCAGUCACUUCCUACACAGACAUUGCUGACCUCAUGGAUGCUGGGAACAAAGCCAGGACAGUGGCAGCUACCAACAUGAAUGAAACAAGUAGCCGUUCUCAUGCUGUGUUUACCAUUGUUUUCACCCAGAAGAAACAUGACACUGAGACCAACCUUUCCACUGAGAAGGUUAGUAAAAUCAGUUUGGUGGAUCUAGCGGGAAGUGAACGAGCUGAUUCAACUGGUGCCAAAGGGACUCGAUUAAAGGAAGGAGCAAAUAUUAAUAAGUCUCUUACAACUCUGGGAAAAGUCAUUUCAGCCUUGGCAGAGGUGGAUAACUGCACCAGCAAGAGUAAGAAGAAGAAGAAAACUGAUUUUAUUCCCUACAGGGAUUCUGUACUUACUUGGCUCCUUCGAGAAAAUCUAGGUGGCAAUUCUCGGACUGCAAUGGUUGCUGCUCUGAGCCCAGCAGAUAUCAACUAUGAUGAAACUUUAAGCACUCUGAGAUAUGCAGAUCGUGCAAAACAAAUUAAAUGCAAUGCUGUUAUCAAUGAGGACCCCAAUGCCAAACUGGUUCGUGAAUUAAAGGAGGAGGUGACACGGCUGAAGGACCUUCUUCGUGCUCAAGGGCUAGGAGAUAUUAUUGAUAUUGAUCCAUUGAUCGAUGAUUACUCUGGAAGUGGAGGCAAAUAUCUGAAAGAUUUUCAGAACAAUAAGCAUAGGUACUUGCUAGCCUCUGAGAAUCAACGCCCUGGCAAUUUUUCCACAGCAUCCAUGGGGUCCCUUACUUCAUCUCCAUCUUCCUGCUCACUCAAUAGUCAAGUGGGCUUAACAUCUGUGACCAGUAUUCAGGAGAGGAUCAUGUCUACACCUGGAGGAGAGGAAGCCAUCGAACGUCUAAAGGAAUCUGAGAAGAUCAUUGCUGAGUUGAAUGAAACCUGGGAAGAGAAGUUGCGUAAAACAGAGGCUAUCAGAAUGGAGAGAGAGGCCUUGUUGGCUGAGAUGGGAGUCGCCAUUCGGGAAGAUGGAGGAACGCUGGGGGUUUUUUCACCUAAAAAGACCCCACAUCUUGUUAACCUCAAUGAGGACCCACUUAUGUCCGAGUGCCUGCUUUAUUACAUCAAAGAUGGAAUUACAAGGGUUGGCCAAGCAGAUGCUGAGCGGCGCCAGGACAUCGUGCUGAGUGGGGCUCACAUUAAAGAAGAGCAUUGUAUCUUUCGGAGUGAGAGAAACAACAGUGGCGACGUUAUCGUGACCCUAGAGCCUUGUGAACGCUCAGAAACCUACGUAAAUGGCAAGAGAGUGGCCCAGCCUGUUCAGCUACGCUCAGGAAACCGUAUCAUCAUGGGUAAAAACCAUGUGUUUCGUUUUAACCAUCCGGAGCAAGCACGGGCUGAGCGGGAGAAGACUCCUUCCGCUGAGACCCCCUCUGAGCCUGUGGACUGGACAUUUGCCCAGAGAGAGCUUCUGGAAAAACAAGGAAUUGAUAUGAAACAAGAGAUGGAGAAAAGGCUACAGGAAAUGGAGAUUCUGUACAAAAAGGAGAAGGAAGAAGCAGAUCUUCUCUUGGAGCAGCAGAGACUGGACUAUGAAAGUAAAUUGCAGGCCUUGCAGAAGCAGGUUGAGACCCGAUCCCUAGCUGCAGAAACAACUGAAGAGGAAGAAGAGGAGGAGGAAGAAGUUCCUUGGACACAACAUGAAUUUGAGCUGGCUCAGUGGGCCUUCCGGAAAUGGAAGUCGCACCAGUUUACUUCAUUAAGGGACUUACUCUGGGGCAAUGCCGUUUACCUGAAGGAGGCCAAUGCCAUCAGUGUGGAAUUGAAGAAGAAGGUACAGUUUCAGUUUGUUCUGCUGACUGACACGUUGUACUCCCCUUUGCCUCCUGAAUUACUUCCCACUGAGAUGGAAAAAACUCACGAAGACAGGCCUUUCCCUCGUACGGUGGUGGCAGUAGAAGUCCAGGAUCUGAAGAACGGAGCAACACAUUAUUGGUCUUUGGAGAAACUCAAGCAGAGGCUGGAUUUGAUGCGAGAGAUGUAUGACAGGGCAGGUGAGAUGGCCUCCAGUGCCCAAGACGAAAGCGAAACCACUAUGACUGGCAGUGAUCCAUUUUAUGAUCGGUUCCAUUGGUUCAAACUUGUAGGAAGGGCAUUUGUUUACCUGAGCAACCUGCUGUACCCUGUGCCCCUGAUUCACAGGGUGGCCAUUGUCAGCGAGAAGGGCGAAGUGCGGGGAUUUCUUCGCGUGGCUGUACAAGCCAUUGCAGCGGAUGAAGAAGCUCCUGAUUAUGGCUCUGGAAUUCGACAGUCGGGAACAGCUAAAAUAUCUUUUGAUAACGAGUACUUUAAUCAGAGUGACUUUUCUUCAGUUGCAAUGACUCGUUCUGGUCUCUCCUUGGAGGAGCUGAGGAUUGUGGAAGGACAGGGUCAGAGUUCUGAAGUCAUCACUCCUCCAGAAGAAAUCAACCGAAUGAAUGACUUGGAUUUGAAGUCAAGCACUUUGCUGGAUGGUAAGAUGGUAAUGGAAGGGUUUUCUGAAGAGAUUGGCAACCACCUGAAACUGGGCAGUGCCUUCACUUUCCGUGUAACAGUGUUGCAGGCCAGUGGAAUCCUCCCAGAGUAUGCAGAUAUCUUCUGUCAGUUCAACUUUUUGCAUCGCCAUGAUGAAGCAUUCUCCACUGAACCCCUCAAAAACAAUGGCAGAGGAAGUCCUCUGGGCUUUUAUCAUGUGCAGAAUAUUGCAGUGGAGGUCACUGAAUCAUUUGUGGAAUACAUCAAAACUAAGCCAAUAGUAUUUGAAGUCUUUGGGCAUUAUCAGCAGCACCCACUUCACCUGCAAGGACAGGAGCUUAACAGUCCACCUCAGCCAUCUCGACGAUUCUUCCCUCCGCCCAUGCCACUCUCCAAGCCAGUUCCAGCCACCAAGUUAAACACCAUGAGCAAAACCAGCCUUGGCCAGAGCAUGAGCAAGUAUGAUCUUCUGGUUUGGUUUGAGAUCAGUGAACUGGAGCCUACAGGAGAGUAUAUCCCAGCUGUGGUUGACCAUACAGCAGGCCUGCCCUGCCAGGGGACAUUUUUGCUUCACCAGGGCAUCCAGCGAAGGAUCACAGUGACCAUUAUCCAUGAGAAGGGGAGUGAGCUCCAUUGGAAAGAUGUUCGCGAGCUGGUGGUAGGCCGUAUUAGGAAUAAGGCUGAGGUGGAUGAAGCUGCAGUUGAUGCCAUCCUUUCCCUAAAUAUCGUCUCUGCCAAGUACCUGAAGUCUUCCCACAGCUCUAGCAGGACCUUCUACCGUUUCGAGGCUGUGUGGGACAGCUCCCUCCAUAACUCUCUCCUUCUGAACCGAGUGACACCCUAUGGGGAAAAGAUCUACAUGACCUUAUCGGCCUACCUAGAGCUGGAUCAUUGCAUCCAGCCAGCUGUCAUCACCAAGGAUGUGUGCAUGGUCUUCUAUUCCCGGGAUGCCAAGAUCUCACCGCCACGCUCUCUGCGCAGCCUCUUUGGCAGUGGCUACUCCAAGUCACCAGACUCCAAUCGCGUCACUGGAAUUUAUGAACUCAGUUUAUGCAAAAUGGCAGACACAGGUAGUCCAGGCAUGCAGAGGAGGAGAAGAAAAAUCUUGGAUACAUCAGUGGCGUAUGUGCGGGGAGAAGAGAACUUAGCAGGCUGGCGGCCGCGUGGAGACAGCCUCAUCCUUGAGCACCAGUGGGAGUUAGAGAAGCUGGAGCUCCUCCACGAGGUGGAGAAAACCCGCCAUUUCCUGCUGCUGCGUGAGAGACUUGGUGACAGCAUUCCCAAAUCCCUGAGUGACUCAUUGUCCCCCAGCCUCAGCAGUGGGACCCUGAGCACCUCCACCAGCAUCUCCUCUCAGAUUUCAACCACGACCUUUGAAAGUGCCAUCACACCCAGUGAGAGCAGUGGCUAUGACUCAGCAGACAUUGAAAGCCUAGUGGAUCGAGAGAAAGAGCUGGCUACCAAGUGCCUGCAACUUCUCACCCACACUUUCAACCGAGAAUUCAGCCAGGUGCACGGCAGCAUCAGUGACUGUAAGUUGUCUGAUAUCUCUCCAAUUGGACGGGAUCCUUCUGUGUCCAGUUUCAGCAGUGCUACCCUCACUCCCUCUUCCACCUGCCCUUCUCUGGUAGACUCUAGGAGCAACUCUUUGGAUCAGAAGACUCCAGAAGCCAAUUCCAGGGCCUCUAGUCCCUGCCCAGAAUUUGAACAGUUUCAGAUUGUUCCAACUGUGGAAACGCCCUAUUUGGCCCGAGCAGGAAAAAAUGAAUUUCUCAAUCUUGUUCCAGAUAUUGAAGAAAUUAGACCGGGCUCAGUGGUCUCUAAGAAAGGAUACCUGCAUUUCAAGGAGCCACUUUCUAGUAACUGGGCUAAACAUUUUGUCAUAGUCCGUCGCCCGUAUGUCUUCAUCUAUAACAGUGACAAAGACCCAGUGGAGCGUGGCAUCAUUAACCUGUCCACGGCACAGGUGGAAUACAGUGAGGACCAACAGGCCAUGGUGAAGACACCUAACACCUUUGCUGUGUGCACAAAGCACAGGGGAGUCCUUUUGCAGGCUCUCAAUGACAAAGACAUGAAUGACUGGUUAUAUGCCUUUAACCCACUCCUUGCUGGCACAAUACGGUCAAAGCUCUCCCGCAGAUGCCCCAGCCAACCGAAGUUCUAAGUGACUCUGCUGAGCGCCCUCACUCACCUUCCAAGAGAUAAAGAAAGUGUUACCUCUCAUUUCUCUUUGUGAUUCUUGACGGUUACUCUUGUAUGUAAUCCUGUGGCUUAACUACUCCCUUUGUCUCGCACUUUUUCUAGCUCUCCUGUUCCCCAUCUCCAUUGCUCUGUAUUCUUUUCUUUUUUCCUGUGCUGAGAAUCUUGUUAAAAGCAUGUGGCCUAACAAAAGGGGAAGAAACAAACAAACAAAAAUACAACCCAGAGGGGAUCCACUAAAUCUCCAAAUUAUCUUUUGGCGUAUUUGGCUUCCUUUUGUAUGAUAGGUCCCCAUUAUGACCACCUCUGAUGUCUGUACUGCUGUCUUUGGAUAUCUUUGUCUGUAUUUCAAAACAACAUAAUACUUUUUUUUCCGUUUGUGAUAUCACUUUAAUUUUUCUUGGGUGGCUUAGAGACUAAGGGAGGAGAUAUCUGGCCUUCUUAAAACCUGAGAGGAGAAAACUGACCUUUUUCCCUUCUGUCUCUUUUUGCCAUGGCUAAUCCCUGCAUUUUCCAUUCAGGGAAAAGGGUGUGGUAAGCUUGGAAAUGGGACAGGUGCAGUCUCUGAAAUUGGGGCUUAUUUAGAACAUAGUUAUGUAAUUUUCAUUUAGUGGAAGAGAGGAGAGAGGACUUUUUAGCAGGCUUGUGCAUUGGCUGCCAUUGACUUUGUCUGAAGGAAGGAGCCAAGGAUACGGCUGGAGGAUUUCAAAAGGCCAGAGGAUUUGGCAGUGAGCCAUGAAGGCAGACAGUCAGUAGGAUGCUUAUAGUUCCUCACAGCAGAAUUCCUGUGAACUGUUUUUCUCAGUUGGAAGGAAACCCCUUCUCUCAGAGUUUCUCAAUUCUGGGCUUGGAAUUAGUGUUGAUGGUGGUAGUCUGGAAUUAGUGCCGUGUUAUACACAAAUAUCACGCAAGGAGGGAGUCUUUCACUUUCUGGUGAUGAACUUGAUGGUCUUUGUUGUCAUUAUAAUUAUAAUGCUGAAUAGUGACCUUGUGCUUGUUGUAGCUCCCUUUGAUCAAAGAAAUGUAGCUUUCAAGUAUAAACUUGAAAGUCUCCUUCUGAAUCCAGUGGUCAUUUUCAAUGAUCUUUGUCAAAUUGAAAAUAUUUUCAGUGAUGCUUGUCUCCCUAUACUCGUAAAUAAGCAAACAUGGCAGGCUUUGUUUUCUGGAACCCAGGAUUAAAAUCAACCCCCUCCCACUGCUUAAAAACAAAACAAAAGGACACCUGGGGGCAGAGAAGAGAGUCCACCUGAGCCCUGGCCCCAGUGGUUUGUUGCUUGCAUCCACCUUGCCUCUGCUCCUUGCUUGUCUCUAUCGGGUAUGGAACUCUUGCCAGGGGAGAAAGGAGGAAGCUCACUGCUGACAGUCUCUUUCUCUGACAGAACAGGGGCAUCGGCUUCCAGAGGCCAUCAUAGAAGAUACUCUUUUUCUUUCAGCUGCCAGUAAGUUUUACAGGAAUGACGUGGAGAAAAGAAGGCCUCCAGGUUACUUCAGUUGCUUUGCUGGUUGACUUGGGCUUGUUUUGUAUCAUUUUUUACCUUUCUUGCUCAAACCUUUCUGUUUGCCCAUCCCUCAGGCAUUCAGGAAAGUAUCUACUCACCCUCACUUUGUGGAGACCAAGGGUCCUCAGCCUUGAGCUUGCUGACUCUCAGGUGAUGGUGAAUUGGAUGACUUUCUCCUUUCAGCAGCAAAGGGCGGGGUUUAUGCACUCUGCAGACGGUUGCUGGGCAGGUUGCUGGGCAGGCUCACCGUCACCCAGACCCUUGCUCUGACUUCCUGGUUGGGCUCAUUGUAAUCGCCUUGCAAAGGGGAGGAAAAGUGAGUCACAGAGAGCUUACUAAAAGAAAGGAUAGAAAUCACAGGCUGUGACCUUAUUUAGAUAAUGGUCAAUAAAAACUUUAUGGUAGAUUUUUUUUUAACUUUCUUCCUCUCCUUAAAACAUAGGUCAUUAACAACGAUAUUAUUUGUUUUCUAAGCAGUAGGUGAGAUUUUUAACGUAGUUAGAGGUUUCUUCAUUGUCUAGAGGACACAAAAUGCCCUUCUGGUGUAUACUCAAAUUCAGGAUCCGUUGGUGCAUAGUGACAGCUUCCUGGACUGGAAUUAAAUCUAAUUUCAGGGAAAUGAAGAUGAAAUUUGAAGGUUACUUUUAGAAUUAAAUCACGGAUGCUGCUGCUGUUACAAAGUUUGAUAAAAAGAUCCAUAUUCGUGACGAAGGGUGGUGGGGAACACUAAGGGAGAGUAAAAUCACAUGAUACAUUGAAAUGACUUUUGUUGUUUCUUCCUAACUAAAACAAAACUGGCUUGGAAAGUCUUUGCUUUGGAGGUGUCAAAUAUUAGAACAGGCCGAACUGGACCGUUGGUCACAUGCGCAGGUAAGAAGGUCUCUUGAGGAAGCAGGGGCCGCGGGCAGGCAUGCUUUCCAUCAUCUAGGAGCCUCUGCUAUGGCUGACAGUAUGGAUAGCUCCUGUUGGUCUCCCUCUUUCUCUAGGGGUCCAUCUUCAGAUUGGAGUUGGAACAAUUUCAGAAUUGAUGUUCCCUUUCUGGACAGGUCUAUCCCCACUUUAAAGCUCUGAGAGAAGAUUUAUGGCAGGAACUGUUAAUGAAGCUUUAGCUGAAGCCAUAGUGGCAGGAAAGUUGAGGAACGAACUUAACCUUUAAGGAAAUCACCUUUUGAGGUUUUUUUUUCCCCCCCUAAAGCACUCCUUUAAACAAGCCAAAAAAAAGAAGCAAGAAAGAAAAGAAAACUCUUACACAAAUUAAGGAGAAAUGAUUACUAGUUAAAACUAGUCAUUUCCCCUCCUUCCCUCCCCCAUUCUCCUUUCUCCUGCCAAAGCGAAAUAUGGCCUCACAGCCCACACCAAACCAGUGCUCACACUGUCCUUGUCUCUGCGCCUGCCUGGGAGUCAGUCAGCUCUCAGGCCUGGCUGUGCGGGGCCAGCCAGCCCUUGCACACAGCCAAGAGUGCAGGGAGGGGCUGCCUCGGCAGCGGGCUGGCACUUGAAUUCCAGUACGUGGCUAAAACGUGGUGAAGGCGAGGGAAAAGGAUUUUUCCCAACUAAGAAACCACUUCUUUUUCUCCCUUCAGCGACAUAGAACUUAUACAACUACUCAUAUUUUUUAUGGGUUUUUUCUUUUUUAGCUCUUAAGAUGAAGGAAUAAAUUAAAUCGUUGUGAAAGGUCUUUUAGGAUCUAAAAAUAAAAUGACUUCUCCUGGCACAUACUUCAAAGCAAAGACUUUGUUGCCUGCUGCUUGUUGUCUAAUUUACAGGGAUAUUUAAUUUUGUAAGGUAUUUGUAUAUUUAUACAGCUGUAAUUAAUUGCACAUUGGACUGGAAAAGAAAAGAUGACCUAGCGUGUAGCACCUAUCGGUACUCUGCAUUCCCUUGUGCUGUGUCCACUCGGGUUCUCCCGGACAGUAUCAGGGCUUGUUCGUUUGUUUGACUUGGCUCCUUCAUUUUUCCUUUUGGUUCCCUUUUUAAAAUGUGACUGUUAACUUGCUCCUCUAAAAGAAAAAACUAAUUCUGCUGCUACUCUCAGAAGGUUUGCUGAAUGUAUUUUAAAUAGGACUCUAACUCGUACACACUGCAGCUGUCCACCGUGGCCAAUAAUGAUUCACCCAAGUGUGUGGCCCGACCGUUACUGUAUGUAGAAGGAAUGUGUUGAUUUGUGCUUCCUUAGUAAAUUGAAAUAUCAGCUGAGAGAUUAUCUGCUAUUGUUGUUCAAAAGGCCAUUUAUGAAAUUCAUAUUUGAGCCCCAUAAAAUCCUAGGAAAGCCUCUAAUCAUUUAAAGAAAGAAAUUAGAGUUGAUGCAAAUUUCAUGUUAAAAACUCACAGCCAAACGGCUAUGCUCAAGUGGAAAGUCUGAGCUGAGGGUCUCUUGCCAAACCCUGGCUGUUGUGUGUUGUUUUCAUGUCUUCAAGUUUUUUCAUGCUGCAUAUUCUGGCAUCAGUUCACCUAAGGAAUCCAUCAGCCCUCUCACAUUUAAGGAAUUGUCUUAGAUUUUGUGGCUCUAAAAUACUUGUCCUUGAAAUUUCAAGUCUCUUGUCACCAUCCUUGUGCACUACAACAAAACCCAUGAAGCAUAAGUGGCCUUUUUGAACCAAGACUUUGCAAACUGAUCUCUACCCAGCGGAGGAGUUGAGCACAUUAGCAACAAUGUACAUUAUUAAUUUCAGACUUUCAUUUUCAUGUUUUAUUAUGUAAAUAUCUGAUGUUUGGAGCUUGAGUAUACAGAAUGUAAAUAUAGUUCUUGUAUUUGUACUAAUUCUGGUUCUUUUGCUGUAUAGCCUUAGAUGUGCAAUGCAGACAUUAUCUAACUGUGUAUGGUAACCUUGCAUCACGGAGCUGUUGGUGAACGAGGUAAAAAUAAUAAAGGUGCAGCCAGUGCAUCAGAA